UCAGCUCGGAGUGACUGGACAAGGGGACUGUGGGGUGUGAUGAAAUGUGGUCGCGCAUGCGUCGUUCAUAUAGAUCGAGCCACGCACAUGCACAACAUCAGAUAAAUAGAAUCACCGAUCUUAAUCAGAAAGUCUGGAAAUGAUGUAGUGACUAGGAGGUCAAGCUGGUGGAUACCAUAGAAAAAAUAGCAAAGAAAAAUCUCAAAACUCACGGCCAUGGACACUUCAGAUUUCUCCAUUUCUCUGGAUCAACGUCCAAGAAUGAUGAAGUUGGAGGCAGAAUUAGAAGGUGAAUCCCCAAUGGUACGAGGUCAGGAACAAAGUAAAACCUUUCGUAACAGAGCAGCUAACAUAAACAUAAGAAGGUCUCUUCAGUUGCUGGAUGAAAGUGUCGCGUCUCCUGCAGCUUUGACUAGAAGAACUCCACGCAGGGGUGGAGCCCUGCAGCAUAGCUCAUACACGCCUAUAUCCUCUGGAUCAAAAUACGAUGUCUCUGGAUUGCUGGGACCAACACCAAGGAAAACACCAUCAAAAGAGCAAAGUUUUAAUCAGAUGGACUCCAUGAUGUUUACUGGCAAGUCCUAUCUUGAGGAUGUGACCGAGGAGGUCACCACCACCAAUGUUGGUCUGUUGUUGGAGGAAGAUCCUGGUAUCUCGGCUUGUAAAGGUCUGUUUGAGGAUUUCCAGAAAUGUAUGAAAGCCAAUGUAUCAGAAAGUCAGUCAUUUGACCUGAUAAAGGAGUAUGAGAAUGCAUGUGGGGACCAUGCUGUACUUCUGCAGAAGCUUAUGAAGCGGGCCACAAGGAAUGAACCAAGGUUCCAGAAAACUUUUGAAAUGUUAGACCUGAUAGAACAUGAGAAGAACACAUGGCAGCUAGUACACUCCCUGUUAAAGGACCAGCUGGAGGUGGAGCUUAUGAUGGACCUUCCCCAUGAGGAGAUGGAUAUAAACCAAGAUGGCCAGUCUUUAUCCAGAAAAAGUGACAAAAAAAUUGUCAGUGAUUUUUUUGAACAAAAUUCAGAAAUCCGACAAAGUCAGCUGAUUGUUGACUGGCUUGAGAGUUGUGCAUUGGAGAAAGUGCAGAGGUUUCGAGAUAAUAUCAAAUUUUUCUCGGAUAGAGCUGUGGGGUGGGAAAAUACUCUGCAUAAACUACAAACAAGAGAAUCAGGAACUAUGUUUGGAGGAACAGAUCGUCCGCUGGUUGAUGAGAUUGAUCCAGAUGCUGCAGUAAGACAGAAAAAGAUGGUCGAUGAUUUGGAUAAGGAAGAUGAAUCACGCCUUCUUCAGACAUUGUUUGUGUACAUAAGGGCAGGUCAACUACAGCAAGCCCAGGACAUUUGUCGUGAACAUGGACAGGCAUGGAGAGCUGCUACACUAGAGGGAUGGAAACUUUACCAUGACCCCAACUUUGAGGCCUUGGAUGAUGGCCAGGCAUGCUCAGUAGAGGGAAAUCCUAACCGAGACAUUUGGAGAAAUGUCUGCUGGAACAUGGCCAAAGAGCCUAGCUAUGACCCUUUUGAGAAGGCUAUCUAUGGUGUCCUGAGUGGUAAUCUUCAUGCUGUAUUGCCAGUUUGUAAAGACUGGCUGGACUAUCUGUGGGCCCACUACAAGGUCCUCGUGGAUGUGAGGAUGGAGCAGGAACUACGCACACACAAGUUGUCUGGACGGCAGCUUGUCAGUAUGCCUGCAGAGUUUUGGGAUCAAUCAUCUGAUGCUGAAUCUGUUUUUAGAAGAUUGGAAGCUUAUGAUGAAAUCAGUAAGGAGGGUCUACACUGGUAUCAUAUCUUACAGAAGUGGAUCAUCCUUGGAGACACAGAGAGGCUGAUUGAAGUAAUGGCAGGCUGGGUGAGAGAUGACCAUCUUAAAGUGCCUCAACAUUUAUUACGGUUCAUGGCCCACCUGGUUCUCUUCCUCCGAACAACACAGCGCCAAAUCAGAGGUGACCUAUGUUCGGUGAUACUGGAGGCAUAUGUAGAGGACCUGAUCCAGGGCAGUCACAAAGACCUGGUAGCUCACUAUGUUGCUACACUACCCAGCGAUGCCCAAGUCAUCUGGUAUGCUAGAUUCCUGGAAGGCGUGGAAGAGAAGGGAGAGAGACAAGCAUGUCUGGAUCUGGCUGGUGAGGCCCAGUUAGACAUUCCACAGAUCACCAAACUGGUGGUGGAAAACAUCCGCAGCCAUUCUGCUGUCAACUUCAGUCAAAACAUUGACCAGGAGAUUGACACCACUAUUACACAGGAGGAUAGAAAGAAAAUAGAUGCAAUUGAUUGGUUAGUAUUUGACCAAUCACAGCGAUCUGAAGCAAUGAGACAGGCCAAUGCAGUAAUGCGUUCAUUCAUUGCCAUCAAGAAGCUACAUGCUGCUAAGGAGGUGUUCCACAAGUUACCUGCCGACUCCAUAGAUGUAAUUGUGAAGACUUGGCAGUACCAGACAGGAUCAGCUGACUUGCCUCCUGAGGAAGCCAACAGUGUGCGGGAAUACCUGUGUCACAGAGCCUACCUUAAUGCCAUGGACAGUUUCAAUGACUUGUUCAACCAGUACCAUCAUACCAAGCCUACCAAGCCAACGCUGGCAGAGGCCGCAUCUUUUACUGAGAAAGUGGCACACGAACAGCAUAUGAAACGCUAUCAACAGGAAUUGGACAGGUGGCGCCACCACCUCGACAUACAAACCAAGACAACCAAGGGGAUGAUAUACAAUGUGUUACUUUUCGCGGAUGGAGGCUGGAUGGUGGACCAGAAACAGGUUGUUUCCCCUGAUACCAAUCGUGAACACCAGAUGGGGUUGCUAAGACAGUUGGUGUUGCCAGGACUGUGCUUCCUUCUCCACAAAAUCCUGCACACAAGUGGCCAUUAUGACGAGUGUCUAAAAAUUGCAGAUCUUGUGGCCUCUGAGCAACAUGGUCUUUACAAGGUAUUCCGGAAAGAUGAAUUACAGCAAUUACUGCGGCUUUUGAGGGAUUCUUCAUUGUCCAAUUUGAACAAGAAUUUAGAUCCCCUUGGAUAUCCGUCACAAAUGGACCAACAGCCAGUCAACUUGUGAACCUGUGCUAUUCUUCAUACAAACAAUAUUGACCUUGUUCAUUUUGAGCAUCCAUUGUCUUCUGUUGACAGAAUAAUGGACUGAAAUAAAUUGAAGGGACUAUGUGCUGAUUUGUGCCUUUAAAAUGUUAACUGAAACCACACACGAGUCUAAAGCGUUAAGUUAAUAGGUACAUCUAUAGAUCAGAUGUUGAUUCAGAAUGAAUAAUUGUUGAUGUUGUACCUGAUUCUGUGCAAUGGGGACUGAAAUGUAAGCGGUGCAGAUCAUCAAUCAUGACAAGUUCCUUUAUGGGGAAAGUUUCCCUCGUUUUACUGAAGUUGUAAUACACAAAUUCUUCAAAUCAUGUGACAACAUUGGAGAAACAAAUGAUUUGGAGGCAUGACAUUGGAUCAGUGAAUCCCGUUAAUGUAGGUGCUAUUGUGAAAGUAAGGUAGAAAGGUUGGCUUGUAAUGUGAAGUCCAUUAAUUGGACUUUAUACAUGUUACCAAAUUUUUUCCCUUUUUUUCUGGACCUUGUCAACAUUCAAUUUAGAUACGAGGAAAAAAUUCUGUUGUCAAAUUUGAAAUAUGUUCAUGUAUUAAGACUGGGACUGGAAAUGUGACUGCUGUCAUGGCUAUAUAUUGAUCACCAAUUUGAUACUAUAGUUAUGUCCUGAUGACACCCUGCAUUGUAACUCUUGGUUUAAACAAGAGUGUUUUAUGAAAUAAGCUGAACAGGCAGAACUGAUAUGUGUAAGUGAUUGGGUUGUAAGGUAAUGCAUGUGAAUCAAAGUACAUGGUAAGGAGACGCCAUCCGAAGUAAUUAAACGUUUGAUGAUGA